AUAAAAGAAGAGAUAGUAAAUUUGACGAUUCCAUCAAAUCUUGAUGAGCUUAAAGCACGUAUAUUAUGGUUUUUAAUAUUAUUAUAAAUACAUUACCCGUUUAAAGUUGAAUAAACAAUACAAUAGCUAUAUUUUGAUAAUAACAUAAUUGCGUUUCCCUAAAGAGAGUUUAUAACGCAAUCACCAUUAUAAGACUUUAACAUCAAUAAUUUUUAAACUUAUAAAUCCACAUUUUGAAUUUUUUCUAAUAAAGUUAAUUAUAAUAAUAAAAUUAGAUAUAUUCUUGGUCUAUGGUAUUCAACACUUUAAAAUCUACCCUAAGUGUUGAAAAAGUUGUGGAAACUCCUCCGCAAAAGAACCAAGAACCAAAGAAACCACUGUUUAGUCUACCACCAAAAACUGAAGCUAAAAAUGUUUCGCCAGUGUGCCGUGGUAUUAAAAACCAAGGGGCAACUUGUUAUUUAAAUUCUUUCAUCCAAGUCUUGUUCCAUACGCCGGAGUUUCGUAACGAGUUGUUGGAACUGACAUUCCCUAAUAAUUCCGGUGACGACAAUUGGUUUAACGUAGUUUAUCAACUUCAAAGGCUUUUUGUAGAACUACUUGGACCUGACACAUCGGCGGUCAAGACUAAUGGCUUAACAAAAAGUCUUGAUUGGACUCAGAAGGACACAGAUAUCCAGCAAGACGUCCAAGAGUUUGGUCGUUAUUUUUUGGGCAUCUUGGACGAGAAGUUGCAACUUUCAUCGUCCGCUAACAUGAUUAGUCAUUUAUUCAGUGGCAUUCAGGUCGAAUACCUUACUUGUACUAUGUGCAAUAUAAGUAAAGAACAGUACUCCACAUUUUUUGAUAUUUCUCUGCCUAUUCGCUCUAUUGAUGGAAAGACAUCAUAUGACUCGCUGGAAUAUGCAAUAGAACAAUAUUUAAGACCUGAAAUAUUAGACGAACAUUUUUGUGACAUUUGUGGAAAAAAAAGCAAAUUUCUAAAGGGACAAAAAUUUAAAGAGCUCCCAUAUAUUUUAUGUUUUCAUCUAGGUAGGACUACCUAUAACAUAAACAGUCUAAAACCUGUAAAAAUAAAUGACAAAGUAUCUUUUCCAUUUAUCAUUUCAAUGGAUGUGGAUGGCUAUAAUUCCAUAUUUGAAUUAUACGGAGUGAUCAUUCAUAAAGGUGAAGCCACUUUUGGGCACUAUUACUCAUACAUAAAAGAUUUCAAGUCGGGACAAUGGUUUGAAUGUAAUGAUGAUAUUAUUACUACCAUACCACCACAUAAAAUUGAAAGUACUUUUAGCGGAAAAUCAAGCGCAUAUAUGAUAAUGUAUCGACUUUUUGAUAGAAACAGAAAUCGAGAAGCUUACACAAUCGAUGAACUCCCAGCGCAUUUAAAUUAUUUGUUGAAUUUCUUUGAGAAGAGCAUGGCUUCAGUGGUAUAAAUUGGACAUACAAUACCUAAUUUAUUCAGGCAUCUAUAUUUAUUUCUA